CUGCAUACAGGUUGAGGAGAUGGGAAACUGGAGGUGAGGAAUUCAGCACAGGGAGAAACAUAAGUUUUCUGACUGGGAGUAAAGCCAAAGCCUGUGGAUCUUCAACAGAUUGCAGGUUAGAAGCGUGAAGUGUAUCGGUCUCGUUUUUCUUGGUUUCACAGGAGGAAGAAGACAAGACUUCUAGGCCUUUGUCUCUCUAUCAGAACUUGCUGGGAUAACGGUUGUCCCACACGGCUGUCUGAAGAAGAGAAAAGACAGGGAAAGAGAGAGAAACAAAGUGCAAAAACCACCCUGCCUCGGAAGGGGAAGAAGGACGGUGGUCCUAAGAGGGAGGCGGUGAUGCGCGAGGAGGUGUCCUGCGCCAACUCCCCCGAGGGGGGGCUGGGGGCCAGCGAGGAGGAGCUAGAGAGGGGCUCCAAGAAGAGCGGGCAAACAGGGGUCCGAAAGCGGGUGCCGUACCACAAGAAAGACAAUCUGGGUCGGGCCGAGGAGAGGGCCGUUGUCAGCGGGAGCCCCAACAGCCUGGUUCCGUCGGGGCCCAAGCGGCAGAAGAAGCAGCAGAACUCCCCCAUGGCGGUGGUGUGUGUGGCCCCGUCCUCGCUGGGCUCCGGUGGCCUCGGUUUAGGCUCGGGCGGCGAGCCCUUCGAGGACCUGCACACGCAGCGGGUGAUCGCCAACGUGCGUGAGCGCCAGCGUACGCAGUCGCUGAACGACGCCUUCGCUUCGCUGCGUAAGAUCAUUCCCACGUUGCCAUCGGACAAGCUGAGCAAGAUUCAGAUCCUGAAGCUAGCGUCGCGCUACAUCGACUUCCUCUACCAGGUGCUGCAGAGCGAUGAGAUGGAUGCCAAGCUGGCCAGCUGCAACUACCUGGCCCACGAACGGCUCAGCUACGCCUUUUCCGUCUGGAGGAUGGAGGGCGCCUGGGCCAUGUCGGCCAGCCACUAGUGUCCCCUAUCUGUCCUCCUCUACCCGUCCUGUUCUGUCCUAACCCUACUAUCUCUGUCCCCCACCUAAGCCACUAUCUCUGCCCCCUCUUGUAACCCCUAACCCACUAUCGCUGUACCCCCUAAACCCACCAUCCCUGUCCUCCCUUAAGCCAUUAUCUCUGCCCCUCCCUAACCACAACCCAGUGUCACUGUUCCCUCCCCAACCAUUGCCCAUUCUGUCCCAACGUGGCACUCACCUUUCCACUGUCCCAUCUCUCCCACUAUACCAGUUCACCCUUCGACCUUGCCCCUCCCCUUCCACCACAAGUGCCCCUGUAUGCCUCCUGACAAUGUAGCCACUAACUCCACAAGCGUCUACGGUGCACCCCUGCAGGAAGGACGCCAAAUGGAUGGACUCAUCGCCCCAUCUUAAAAAGGUCUGUUCCUGUCGGUCCAGUAGUUCCCCCUGCUAUACCCUUAUCUCUCCUUCUUUGGAAGCCCUGCCCCACAGACAUGGGCAUUGGACCGGACACAUGCUUCGGUUUAAGGACAGAUAUCCAGUCUGACAGAGAGUAUUAUAAUGACAACAUACAGUAUGUGACAAAUUUCGGAAGUCAAGUGAGUAGGAUACUUAAGGGUCACAUGAUGAACUUUCUGUACGUUAAAAACGUCCAACGCAUCGACCUGAACCGGGUCUGACAGACUGUCACUGAGGCAUGACGAUGAUCCGCCAUUUUUAUGCCACUUCAAAGACUCUUUAAAAGAGGAAGAUUCUUUGACAACCGAGAUGACUUGUGAUCAUGAUAAUUAUAUUGAUGAUCAUCAUAAUGAUGCCAAAGUGAUGGAUAGCUGGUGGUCCCAGCCCAAUUAAUGUUUACAGCAAAGAUGCUUAUAAGCUUUAGGCUUUUCAACCUCAAAUGUAUAGGUAGGAAAAGUCAAAGAAGCCUGACACACGUUUUCAGCAGUAGUGUAAACUAAUCUGCUUGAUUUUUCUGUUGCCUUGUACAUGUAUUUCUCUGUUGCAUUAUUUCCCUUCAUAGCGAAAGGACUUAGCAUGUGCAUAUGCUAAUUGCUUAUUCUUAAAGGUUACAUUUUACAUUAUAAUUACUUUAUAUCAGAGUAAUUAAGCAAUAAUCUAUGCAAGCUACCUGUAAUACAUUAGUACUGCACACAGAUUUGUAGCAUGCACAGAUUAUGGAUAGAUUAGACAUAGAUAUAGUGGAGAGAUUCCACUAAGGUCUUUCUGAUAUAUUGUUAUUGGUCUGUAGGAUUAAAAUAUGAAAACGUAAUAUGCAAAACAACAAUGAAAUAAUACAUUAGAAAAAGAGUAACAGAUAACAUUCUUUGGACACCUUUAAUUAAAGUAAGGAUACAAUUAGAAGUUACUGUACAUUGUACAUUGUUGUACACUGUACAAGUAACGCUGUAGUAGUUUUAAAUGCAAGUUGAUGAGAGGAAAAUAUAGUUUGAAUAUUGUACGUUUAGUAAUUCCUGGGAAUUUCUCUUUAAGAUAAUACUACAUACAUACUGCAAUACAUUAUCUGUAAAUUGAGAAUGUGUUAAGAAUGGAAAACAGUGCCAUGUACUUUUUUUAAACAUUUGAUAAAUUCUGAUUUUGUGCUACUGGGUAUUGUUAGGUAGCGUGAAUGUUAUCUGAUAUACUGUCUCCAAAAUAUUUGUUCAUCCUAAUGCUCAGCUGUAGUUAUCUUUGAAGAUGUUUUGGUCUCCAGCUUUUCAUUACAUGAGCUCCUGUGGAUAAUAAUAAUAAAAGCUGUUUUAAUAAAAUACCACUGAAAUAG